GUAUUCCCAAAGUCAAGCUCAUCCAUGUAUUUUACGUCAUCAUAAAAUUAGCGCAAUAUAUAUUAUUUUUUUAACUUACUUUUUAUGAUUCCACUUUAUCAUACACGCAGACAUGCUUAUUCAAUAUAUUGAUUGUAAACGUUUCAUGGACGUCCGGUCCCCUUCUUUCGCAAUUUUACCCGUUUUAGAUCUACAAACGGUACAAUCUCCGAAAUAUUUUUAUAAAGCUGAAUUUCUUUUUGGUUCUUUUUUUCUUCUUAUUUCUUGAGCGUUUUUUUCUCUCUCUUUCUCUUCAAAAUGACCAAAACACCAAGAAAACAUAUCCUAGAAAGGCUUGAGUACUACUAUCAAGUGAUAGAUAAAACAAUUAUUUCAAAACAAAAUGCCUCGAGUGGUUUGAUGCCAGCUUCUACUGCUAUUACAAGUCAUGGUGAUUAUACCGAUGCCUGGGUCAGAGAUAACGUAUACUCCAUUUAUGCUGUUUACGGACUUGCUUUGGCUUAUAGAAGAUUAGAUGAUAAUACCGGAAGAGCAUUUGAGCUCCAAUAUUCGGUUAUCAAGCUUAUGCGGGGUCUUUUAUUUUCCAUGAUGCGUCAAUCACACAAAGUCGAACAAUUCAAACAAACUCAAUCUUUAGAGCAUUCACUUCAUGCAAAAUAUAACACAAAUACAGGUGAAACGGUUGUAGGAGAUUUUGAGUGGGGACAUUUACAAAUUGAUGCAACUAGCUUCUUUUUAUUGGCUUUGGCAGAUAUGACUGCAGGUGGAUUUAAUAUUGUAUAUACCCAAGAUGAAGUAGAUUUUGUCCAAAAUCUCGUAUUUUAUAUCGAACGUGCCUACCGUACUCCUGACUACGGUAUUUGGGAGAGAGGUAACAAAAUCAAUCACGGACAACCGGAAUUGAACUCUUCGUCUAUUGGUAUGGCUGUUGCUGCACUCCGUGCUAUUAAUGGUAUCAAUUUGUUUGGUGCCCGCGGUGGUCCAUCUUCAGUUAUCCAUGUUUUACCAGAUGAAUUAACGCGUAACUCGACUACAUUACAUAGCUUUUUACCCCGUGAAUCCAACUCAAAAGAAAUUGAUGCAUCUGUAUUAUCUAUAAUUGGAUUUCCAGCAUUUGCGGUAGAUGACCCCGAAUUAAUCCAACGCACAAGAGAAGAGGCGGUUAAAAAAUUGGAGGGAAAAUAUGGUAUGAAACGGUUUUUAAGAGACGGCCAUCAAACGGUGGUUGAAGACACAUCCCGCUUAUACUAUGAUGCACAAGAACUGAAAGUAUUUGAAGACAUUGAAUCGGAAUGGCCCUUAUUUUUCACUUAUAUGGUAUUGGAGGGCCUGUUUACAGGCGAUCUCCAACAAGCCGAAAACUACCAAAAGAAAUUGGAACCUCUUAUCAUUGAUUCAGUUACCAUGGCACAGCAACAACAGACUCCGGCAUCUCCUUUUUUGACUAGUACUACCAGCAAUGAUUCUUCGUAUCAUGUCAAUACCAUCUAUGAAGAUGAUCACGAUGAAGAAGAAGAGGAGCUUCAUGUGCCCCUUUUGCCAGAACUGUAUUAUGUUCCCGCCGAAAAUAUCUCGGCCGAAAAAGAGAAUCCACAUUCCCAAAAGCGUGUACCGAAUGACAACUUACCGUUAGUUUGGGCUCUUUCUCUCUACUUUUUGGGAGGCUUGAUCACCGAAGAUUUACUUUCACCCUCAGAAGUCGAUCCACUUGGUCGCCGCUUUAAUAGCUCAAGGUUGCCCAAGGAUAAUAUUAUCCAGAUUGUGCUCUUGUCAGAGGAUAGUGAACUUCAGGCUGCUCUAUCAACUUAUGGCCUCGAAACACAAACUUUAGAGCAAAUUUCUUCCACCACGACCGUAUUACCUCCACAAGCCCUUGUCGACGUUUACGCUGGGUUAGGGCUUAAUAGUAAGAUGAAUAUGAGUGGCAGACCCAAAAGACCUAUUGGUGUUCUGGGUACAUCCCGUUUAUACAAAAUCCAAGGCCAAACUUAUGCAUUUACACCUCAUUUUAUGGAUAACAACGAGUUUUAUAUCAACUCAGACCCGGAUUAUUUAGUAUCCGAAUUUGAAAGUGAGUUGAGCUUUACAAAGAAAAACUGGUACUAUCCCGGUCGACCCACCAUGGUGGUUUUGCUUUCGCAUGCCCUACUUGGUACUACUCAUGCCAAGACAAAGAGCGCCAAUAACAACAAGACAAACAAUGUACUCCAUAACUCGGAUGCCUCCAAAAAGAAUUUGUUAAACUUCUUUACAAAUUUACGUGGUGGAUUUUCUUGUGAAGGCAGUGUCCGUGUCAAAUUAUGUCGAUUGGCAGAGACAAUCAAUACCAGUAAUAUUGAAUCCUUGGAUUUCUUGAUCAAUAAGCCCGAAGUCAACUGGAAACGUAUUUUACGGGUCGCUCAUGCUUCCCGCGUAUCCAAGAAAAAAUUGGGUUACAAUGCAUCAAAAACUCAGGCAAGUACACCCGGACAUCGUACACCCGGUCAUCGUACUCCUGGUAGCGGCCUCGGUGGUGCGAGCUAUGGCGGAAGAACGCCUAAACGCAAAAACACUACCUUCUAUGGUAAAUCUUUGGCUUCGCCUCUUGACAAAAUUCACGACGAAAACUAUUUCGAUGAGCUGGCAAACGCUUUGCACAAAUUGAAGGCAAAUGCCGAGCCCGAAUUUAAACUAAAGGCGCAUGAGGAUAAGCAACAGCAAAAUAUAGUCGAGUCACCAUUGGAAUCUUUAUCCCCUGUCGUGGGACAACAACUUCAAAAAACAGGCAGUGUUCCGUCUGCUAAUGCAAAGGAAGAUCAAUCCAGCUCACCCAAUGAAAUGCUUUCUUUAACUCUCGGCGAUUCCUCCCAAUUUGAUCAAGCCGUGGAAAGUUUAGCAGCCUCUGUUAAUUUAUAUGAUCAAAUUGAUUUAUUGCAGUAUUUAAUUUCUUGUAGACCUGCCAGCUAUUAUAUCCAAACACUUGAAACAACUAUUUUGGAAUUAGUCGAAGAAGUUUAUCUCAAAUCCAUGAAGUCACAGUAUUGGUCUAUUGCAAGACAGGCAGCCGGUCUUUUACAUAAGAAUGUGCCUUCUUUAACCAUCAAUAUCACCGAUCUUGUCAUCCGCCAAAAGCAAGUUAGUAUUGGCUCAGGACCCCAAGAGUAUCUUAUUUCUAUGCCCGUCGCCCCAGAUACUUUGAAUAAGAUGAUUAGUGAACACUGUAACGACGAUGUGCGUGAAGGACCGGUUGUACAAGAAAUCAUCAUCUACUUGGGCAAUUUGAUUCGUACCCAGCCUCAUAUGUUUGAAGGUAUUUUGCGUUUACGUACUCAUUACAUUAUCAUUGCAUUGCGUGAAGAAAUUAGUCGCGUAAACCAUAGCGACGAGGAAGAAGCCGUGGAACAUUUAAUGCAAUUAUCCCCCUUCGAGCUUAAAUCUUUGUUAAACACCGUUCUCUCUGGCCCUAGUCUUUGCCACACCAAUAACAACAACAUCAUUGUACGCGAUCGUCCCGGAGGGUUCCUGAUGCUUUCAACUGCUGAGCAAAAUCGCGAAGAAGCCGAAAGCAAUAACAGCUAUAUUCCUCUUUUAAGUGAGGAUAAGGUGAUUCAAAUUAAAGCUCAAUCAGGUGGUUAUUUCUCUGGAAAUUUUGCAAAGGUGGAGAUUAACGGGACUAUCAUGGAAGCCAACUCUCGUGGUAUUCACGUCUGGGCUAUUGAUCGUAACGAAAAUAUUAUUUUGGAGCGCGCGUCAUUUGAUACUCAUAUCUCAGAAGAAGAAAGUCAAGACUUUACAAAGUUCUUAAACUGGUUAAGUAGUGACAUGAUUGUCAUUAUUGCCUCUAAAGACGACUUUAUUGAACACUUGACUGAGGAUGCCAUAUUCACCUUGGAGCAAAUGGGAAGUACCAAAAUUAGACAGGUUCAAUAUCGGGAUUCAUAUGUGUUUAUUGGAGAAAAACGCGAUCGCGAAAACAUACUCGAAGCGCAUCAAUUAUCAACGGAUGGACCGACAGAAAAAAUCGAAAAGACUAUCCAGCUUGAAACACAUCAACCUGGCACUAACACAGAAAAUGAGGAAGUAACUAAAGAAAAUAUUCGAAACUAUUUCCCUAAUGCCAACGGAAGAUGGCUUCGUCGUCGUAAGAAUGAUGGUGCAUUGAACCGUGUACCCUCUUCCAAUUUCUUUCCUCAAGUAUGGACCAUCUUGAAUCAAACAGAAGGACUUGUGAUCAAAAAUCAUGUAUUGCCUCGCGAUCCCAUCGUUUUGGAGAAGACACCCGAAGAGUUCAACUUUGCUAUUGCAGUGGAGUCUUUCUUGGGCUGGUUCACAGACCCUGCUGAACGUCAAGUGGCCGUUGAAGCUCUAACCAUUAUUUAUCAAGAGAAUGUGAAAUACAAGAAGAUGUUGGACCUGACCGUAAUUAUUAACCAGGCCGUUCAAAACUUUUGGAAGAAGUGGGUCGAUUUAAACAAAUUGACAAAGUUGUUUGGAAAAUCCAAUGCCUUUGAGGAGCAUAUCGAUCUUGCUCGUCAAUUGUUCUUUGACUUACCCUUGAAUGGCACCGAAAGUACUGGCUCUUAUAUUAAAGCAAGUCUGGCUCACACUUUGACAUCACCUUAGAUUCUAUCUCCCUUACAAAAAUAAUCUUUUAUUUAUCUAAAACCCAAAAGCUGUUCGAUUUACCCCUUUUAUAACCUAAUGGUUCUUUUUGCUCUAUAAACUAAAAAUAUUUGAACUAAAAAUAAAACUCGAUUACAGUUAA